AUGUAUGAUUAUUUAUAAAUAAAGGAAUCAUGGGGAUUUAAGAAUUUUAAACUAUUUCUCUACUUAUGCCCUCCAGGAUGUUUGGUUUGUAUUUAAAGUGAUUCUGAGUUUGAUUGUAAAUCAUGGGUAUUAACUCAUACUGCAUAUACUGAAAUUGAUUAUACUUUAUUUAUUACAGAUGGAUGGACUAUUAGUUAUGGAGAUGUAAAUAAAUAAUAAUGUUUCAGUAAGAAAUUGAAAUAUCAUAUUAGUGAUUCCAACUAUAUGUGGGAAUGGAGUUUGUGGAAAAGAUACUGUAGUGUCUUUGAAUUUAAUAAAUAUUCCCACUCAUUCAUAAAUGAAAAUAAAGCUAAAGUAUUUAAAGAUUGAUAGUUGGGAAGUGUCAGAUUACUUUUAAUUGAAAGUUGAUGGUGAAUUGAAAUUGGAUUAGCAGCUCUCAUUAUUCGAUUAAUAUUUAUAUGGAAUUUGUGGAUCAACUUAAAAAGAUGUAUUUAUUAAUAUAGAAAUUACAUUUCCUCAUUCUAUUUCUAGUGCCAGAAUAAAAAUUUUAAAUACAUUAGAUUAAGGAUUUUCAGAUGAGUCUUUUGGAAUAAGAGACAUACAAAUAUUUAUAAGUAUAUAUAAUACAUAUAUAUUUAGAAUAAUCAGUAUGUGGUGAUCAAGUAGUUGAAUUAUAAGAAGAAUGUGAUGACGGCAAUUUGUUUCCAUUUGAUGGUUGCUUUAACUGUAUGUUUUCAUGUGUUGAUGGUUGUUCUGAAUGUAGAGAUAUGAUAUGUUUAAGUUGUUAUGAGGGUUGGAUUUAUUUGGAAUAUGAAUAAAUUUGUGAAAAAGAGAUUAUUUAAGAAUAUUCUAUAAUAACUAUCCUAGAAAUAUAAACUUAAUUUGAUUGUUUUCCUCCAAUAGAUAAUUGUUAGGUUUGUUUAUUGGGAAAGUGUAUUUUAUGUCAAAAUGACUUUUUUUUAAAUUAAUUUAAUAGUAAAUGUGAGUAAAUUUGUUUUGAUCAAAUUAAUAGUUAUUAUGAAUUAUGUGAUGAAUAUUAAUUAUAACCAUUUUGUAAUAGAUGUUAAAUUAAAUGUAAUGAUCAUUGCUUAAAUUGUAAUUAAGGUAUUUGUUAAUUAUGUGAGAAUGAUUUUAUUUUAGAAAAUAAUUAUUGUAUUAAGAUAGAGAAAGUCAAUUUAUGUUAACCUUAAUGUGAGAUUUGUAUUGAUAAUAUUUGUUAUAAAUGUUAAUCUGGAUAAUUAUUAAUUUUAGGUUAAUGUUAAAACAUUUGUGGAAAUUAAAUAGCACUUUACACACUUGAAGAAUGUGUUUGUGAUCUUUAUUGUGAGAAAUGUUAAGAUGGUAUUUGUUAUUAAUGUAAUAACUAUUUUAAAUUAUUAAAUAACUAAUGUAUAAGUACAUGUGGAGAUCUUAUUGUCUAAGAAAAUGAAGAUUGUGAUGACGGUAAUAAUAUUGAAUUUGAUGGUUGUUUCUAUUGCUAAUAUUCUUGCCCUAUUGAAUGUAUAAAAUGUGAAUAAGGAAUAUGCCAAGAUAAAUGUUUACCAGGGUUUUAUCUUAUUAAUAAUAUCUGUUCUACAAUAUGUGGAGAUUCAAUUAUAGCUGGUAAUGAAUAAUGUGAAGAUAAUAAUAUUUAAGAAUUUGAUGGUUGUUAUCUAUGUUAAUUUUAAUGUCCUCUUAAUUGUGAAGAAUGCAUUAAUGGAAUAUGUUUUAAUUGCAAUUUUGGAUUUAAACUCAUUGAGAAUAAAUGUAAUAAUGUUUGUGGAGAUGGUAUCAUGUCAAAUUAAGAAUAAUGUGAUGACGGAAAUCAAGAAAGUGGAGAUGGAUGUUCUUAAACUUGUUAAGUGGAAAUUGAUUGGAUUUGUAAUUAAGGUUAUGAUUGCACAUUUGUUAAGUACCCAAAUCUUAAGUGUGAAUAUAUGAUGUAGAAAAAUUAAUAUUAAUAUGCUUAAAUUAAAUUCUCUUAGGCUGUUUAAUUACUCUCAGAUAUCAAUUAUUAAGAUACAAUAGAACUUUCAAUUAUUGAUUUAAAUUAAACACUUUAUGCAAUUACCAUUAAGGAAAUAUAAUCUGCUUAAUAUUAAGUUACAACAGAUGUAGAAUAUAUUGUGUAAAUUGAAAUUUUUACUAAUUUACCUAAUCAUCCAAUAUUAGAAGUGAAAUUAACAGAAUAAUUAUUUAGUGCUAAUCUAGCUCCUUUAGUAAAUAUGGUUGAUUAUUUAUAAUUAAAUUAACCUAAUUAUACAACUGAUUAAUAAAUUUAUAUUGCAUAAACUGUUUAAAUGAUUAGUAAAAUAUCAGUUAAAUCAAUAUAUGCUAUAUCAAUUAUUCUAAUUCUCUUAGGAAAUAUACUCUCAUUUUGGGGAAUAUUAGAUGCCCUUUAAUAAUAAUCAUAUUUAAAAUUUAUAAAUGUCUUAUACCCUUAAACUUUAAUUAUAUAUUUUUAAUCAAGUGAAUUGAUAUCAGUCUAAUCAUUAUUGAAUAGCAUAACAGAUUUAAAUAAAAAAGCUAAAUUACUUUAAUUUCCUUAUCUAGAGUCAUAUGAAAAAUUUUAAUAUUAUGAAAUCAAUGCAGAUAUUACUGAAGGAUUUAGAACAGAAAUUCUUGUUUCUCUCACUCUACUUUUGGGUUAUAUAUGUAGUAUUUUAUUAGAGAGAGUCAUCUCAAUCUUAGAGUUGAGUUCAAGUUUAUAAGGAUUCCCAAAAUUCAUUCGUUUUUUAUAAAGAUAGUAAAGAAAACUCAAUUUAUAUAUUAGAAAAAUAGAUAUUAGUUUUAUUAAAACUACUUUGCUAGCUUGUAGUUGGGAUCUUAUUUUUAUGUCAUUGCUUGAAUUAUAUUCAGAUCAUGAUUUCUCUUAUUAUAGAUCUUAUGUUCGUCUAUCUAUAACUUUUGUAAUACUUAUCAUAAUUAUAACUUUAAUCUUAUCUUAAAUUUCAGGAGUAACUCCUUUGAAAAAAUAAGAUUUAAAUCAAUUUUGGUUAUAAAAAUAACCUGUUUUUCUUUUAAUAAAAAAGAUUUCUAUUAUAUCAAUUCUAGUAUUUUACUAACGUGAAUAAAUACUUUAAACUUUGCUUAUGACUUUUGUCAAUACAUUUUAUUUAAUUUAUAUUAUCAAUAUGAAGAGCACUGAAGAAUUUCAAUUCUACAUCAAAAAUAUCAUCAUGGAAACAUCCCUAACAUUAUUUACAGCAUCAACCUUCUUAAAUUGGGAUAUUUUAUAACGAUACCUUUCAUAUAACUUUAUAAUUACAAUAAGUUGGAUUUAGAUGUUCCUUUUAGUAAGUGUUCUAAUUUCCUUUUUGAUUUUUGAACUAUAUAAUUUAUUCUAUUUAAUCAAAAGGAAAAUAAAUAAGUUAAUUGAAAAAAGAAUGAGUAAAAUUAAAUCAAAUGAAUAGAAAUAAUCUCACAAAACAAACAAUUAAAUUUAAAAGGCAAAUUUAGAAUUUCAACAAACAAUAUUUUAAAGAGUGACAUUUUUAAAGGACAAAUAAAUCUAAAUCUAAAAAUGA